AUGGAACACCUGUUAGAAGACAUCACAGUGAUCGAUGCGGCGACCUAUCUGGCCGGCCCGGGUGCCGCUACUAUUCUGGCCGACUUCGGCGCUAACGUGAUUAAAAUUGAACCGCCGGGUGGGGAUGGCUAUCGAAGCCUGGUGGGCGCUUAUCCGGUACCGUACCACUGGCUGCUCACGUCGCGGAACAAGCGCAGCCUGGCGAUGGAUCUGCGCAGUGAUGCCGGCCAGGCGCUUAUGCAUGAUCUGGUGGCCAAAGCAGAUGUGCUGACCACCAAUUUCAUGCGUCCCCAGCUCGAAAAGUAUCAGCUGACCUACGAGACCUUAAAAAAGGUCAAUCCGCGCCUGAUUUUUGCGCACAUCUCGGGGUAUGGCCUGAAAGGACCAGAUGCCGACCGGCGCGCGUUUGAUGUGACCGGCUGGUGGGCACGCUCGGGUCUGAUGGAAUUUAUCCGCGAACCUGACCAGACGCCGCUGCCCAUGGCCCCGGGCAUGGGUGAUCACUGCACUGCAACAGCGUUGUUUGGUGCCGUGAUGACGGGUUUAUACCGUCGUGAGCGCACCGGCGAAGGAUCGUUUGUGUCAACUUCGCUGGCAGCAAAUGGCGUGUGGGCCAACGGCAUGGCCCUGCAGGGGGUGAUAGCAGGCAACAAUAUCGGCACCUAUCGGCAGGCCAAAGGCUGGCCGAAUCCGUUCAGUGACGUGUACCGCUGCAGCGAUGGCGACUAUGUGGUGCUGGCGGUGAUCAACACCGCGCGGGAAUAUCCCGCGCUGGCAGGUGCACUUGGGUGCAGCCACUGGCUGCAAGACGAGCGGUUUGCCAGUGUUGGCAGCGUGAUGAAAAACCGACCGGACUUCCACCUGGCAAUGGCCGAGGCUUUUUCUAAAUUCAGUUUUGCCGAGGUCAGCAAACUUCUGGAAACAGCGGGGGUGACCUUCAGUCGGGUGACGCCGAUGGGUGACAUUAUUGAAGACGAGCAAAUGCGCGCCAAUGACAUUGUGGUUGAAACGGAUGACGAGGGUGAGGGUUAUCCGUUGACCAUCAACAGCCCUAUCACCGUAGCGGUGGGUAUUGAAGAAGAGCGAAUUCAAGCGCUGCUGGCAAACGAGGAUCUGUCCAUGGAAGAGCUCAAGCGCCUCUGGCAGAUUGGUGACACUAACGGUUUUCACUGGGUGUCCGUAUGGGAUCAUUUUUACGCCAAUCCAUUGAAGGAUAGGGAAAAUCCCUGCUUUGAGGGUGUGGCUGCGAUGGCAGGCCUGGCGGCCUCAACUUCCAAUGUGCGUGUGGGCUGUCUUGUUUUCUGUGCCCUGUUUCGAAAUCCGGGUGUGCUGGCCAAAGCCGGUGUCACCAUUGAUCAUUUAUCCGGUGGGCGCGCUGAUGUAGGCAUUGGCGCCGGCUGGUUUGAGGAAGAGUUCCGUGACUUUGGUUAUGGCUUCCCGCCAUUGGGUCAGCGAUUUGAUCAACUGGAAGAAGCACUGGAGAUUAUCACCGCGCUGUGGCGCGGCGAAAGCGUGGAUUUCAAAGGCAAGUACUACACCAUGAGUGAAGCCGUCUGCGCGCCGAAGCCCCUGGGCUUGCGUUUGUGGAUUGGUGGUCGAGGUAAACAGCGUACCGUAGCGCUCGCUGCCAAAUAUGCAGACGGUUUUAAUAUGCCGUACGUGUCGCCGGAGAUUGCGGCGGAUCGCCUGUCCCGUUUGCAACAGGCCUGUGAAAAAAUCGGCAGGGACCCGGCGGAGAUCGACACCAGCGUCAAUCUCGGCUUCUAUAUGAACUCGGAUAGACAACCGGAUAUCGACCCGAACGGUUCCUUAACCGGCAGUGCCCAGCAGGCGGUAGAUCUGAUUGGUCGCUUUCAGGAUGUGGGCAUUCAAGGCAUCAAUAUUGCCUUUCGUCCGCCGGUAGAUUGGGACAACCUGCAGGUCUACAUUGAAGAGGUGAUGCCUCAUUUUGCCCGGUAG